AUGGCGCCCGACAAGCCGGCAUCGCUGUUCGUGAGCCUCCCCCUCGAGGUACGACACACCAUUUUUGAGCACGCAGCUGCACGUGAAAGUGCACCAAAGGAGCUGCUGCGUUUCUGGUUCGAGAAGAACGAGGUCGAGCAACUCAUAGCUAAGCACAUAUCCGAGAACCCCGAUGGACCUGCACCACGGGCAGUUUACGGCGACAACGAGCAUGAAGAGGAGAGAGAUAGUGCCGAGGAAGUUGAAGGCGGAGAGGACGAUGGAGAGGGCGAGGAAGAUGAUGAGGAAGAAGAGGAACAAGGCCUAGAAGAGGAACAAGACAACGGUAUCGAAGACGAUGCCGGACAAGUCGAGCAUGACAACGAGGGUGAGGUCGUGGAAAGUCACGGUGCUUCGGCGCGGACAGCUCAGCUGCGUCCUCCUACGCCUACCGUACGACCUCAUAAGAAGUGGCGAUUCAUUCCCAAGUUUAUGCGCCUGACCCACCAUCCACCGCCUGUCGAGUUGCUUUUGACUUGCCAGCAGCUGUACAUCGAGGCCAAGAAUUGGUUUUACGAUGCCGCUGUGUUGCGUAUCUACCCAACCGCCAGCUUUGCCCAUACGUCUUUCUUUGAGGAAGCCCUAGGCCAGAUUUCGGAUGCUGCCUUUUCACCCAUUCACAAUAUUCGAAGGGUCGAAGCCGUUUUCGUUUGGGACUCUACCUGGAUCCGCGCCGAGGAAACUGGCGUCGUCGGGGCCGUUUUCCCUGCUCUCCUUCAACAGCGAGCUAGUUUCCUAUACAAGAUCUUGUCGCAGGCACCCGACCUACACGAGCUUGUCAUUCAUUGGCAUGACUCCGCACAGGAUCACGAGAGUGCUAAUCUCAUGACUGAUACUCUGGGACCCUUUUACACGCUACCCGCUACGGUCAAGGUUAAGGAGCACUACAUCGCCGCCGAUUCCAGACCCAGUAAGCGGAGUAUUGCGGGCAGGCGCCGUGUCGAGUUUCAGAACAUUGUCGACAUGGGUCUGGAUCGGCUUUUCUAG